AUGAUGCACCUCUCCUCUCCGUCUGUAGCUGCGUUUGCUGAAUCUCCUGCUCCACCCUCACUGUUUCCUGCCCCACCCUGCUCCGCCCUCACAGUCCCCUGCUCCGCCCUCACUGUCCCCUGCUCCACCCUCACUGUUCCCUGCUCCACCCUCACAGUCCCCUUCUCCACCCUCACUGUCCCCUGCUCCGCCCUCACUGUCCCCUGCUCCACCCUCACUGUCCACUUCUCCACCCUCACUGUCCCCUGCUCCACCCCCACUGUCCGCUGCUCCGCCCUCACUGUCCCCUGCUCCACCCUCACUGUCCCCUGCUCCACCCUCACUGUCCCCUGCUCCACCCUCACUGUCCCCUGCUCCACCCUCACAGUCCCCUGCUCCACCCUCACUCUCCCCUGCUCCACCCUCACUGUCCACUUCUCCACCCUCACUGUCCCCUGCUCCACCCUCACUGUCCACUACUCCACCCUCACUGUCCCCUGCUCCGCCCUCACUGUCCCCUGCUCCACCCUCACUGUCCACUGCUCCACCCUCACAGUCCCCUGCUCCACCCUCACUGUCCCCUGCUCCACCCUCACUGUCCCCUGCUCCGCCCUCACUGUCCACUGCUCCACCCUCACUGUCCCCUGCUCCACCCUCACUGUCCCCUGCUCCACCCUCACUGUCCCCUGCUCCACCCUCACAGUCCCCUGCUCCACCCUCACAGUCCCCUGCUCCACCCUCACUGUCCCCUGCUCCACCCUCACUGUCCACUUCCCACCCUCACCGUCCCCUGCUCCACCCUCACUGUCCACUACUCCACCCUCACUGUCCCCUGCUCCGCCCUCACUGUCCCCUGCUCCACCCUCACUGUCCACUGCUCCACCAACCACCCUCACUGUCCCCUGCUCCACCCUCACUGUCCACUGCUCCACCCUCACUGUCCCCUGCUCCACCCUCACUGUCCCCUGCUCCACCCUCACUGUCCCCUGCUCCACCCUCACAGUCCCCUGCUCCACCCUCACUGUCCCCUGCUCCACCCUCGCUGUCCACUACUCCACCCUCACUGUCCCCUGCUCCGCCGUCACUGUGCCCUGCUCCACCCUCACUGUCCACUGCUCCACCCUCACUGUCCCCUGCUCCACCCUCACUGUCCACUACUCCACCCUCACUGUCCCCUGCUCCGCCCUCACUGUCCCCUGCUCCACCCUCACUGUCCACUGCUCCACCCUCACAGUCCCCUGCUCCACCCUCACUGUCCCCUGCUCCACCCUCACAGUCCCCUGCUCCACCCUCACUGUCCCCUGCUCCACCCUCACUGUCCCCUGCUCCGCCCUCACUGUCCCCUGCUCCACCCUCACUGUCCCCUGCUCCACCCUCACUGUCCCCUGCUCCACCCUCACAGUCCCCUGCUCCACCCUCACUGUCCCCUGCUCCACCCUCACUGUCCCCUGCUCCACCCUCACUGUCCACUUCUCCACCCUCACCGUCCCCUGCUCCACCCUCACUGUCCACUACUCCACCCUCACUGUCCCCUGCUCCGCCCUCACUGUCCCCUGCUCCACCCUCACUGUCCACUGCUCCACCGUCACAGUCCCCUGCUCCACCCUCACUGUCCCUGCUCCACCCUCACAGCCCCAGACCACCCUCACAGUCCCCAGAACCACCCUCACUGUCCCCUGCUCCACCCUCACUGUCCACUGCUCCACCCUCACUGUCCCUGCUCCACCCUCACUGUCCCCUGCUCCACCCUCACUGUCCCCUGCUCCACCCUCACUGUCCCCUGCUCCACCCUCACAGUCCCCUGCUCCACCCUCACUGUCCCCUGCUCCACCCUCGCUGUCCACUACUCCACCCUCACUGUCCCCUGCUCCGCCGUCACUGUGCCCUGCUCCACCCUCACUGUCCACUGCUCCACCCUCACUGUCCCCUGCUCCACCCUCACUGUCCACUGCUCCACCCUCACUGUCCCCUGCUCCACCCUCACUGUCCCCUGCUCCACCCUCAAUGUCCCCUGCUCCACCCUCUGUCCCCCAAUAA